AUGGGUCCUCGAUUCCUCCUGGCUGCCAUGCUGCUUCCGGCCCUGGGGAAGCCGCUGAAGGCCACUAGGUUCUGCGGCUACCUUGAAUACUGGAACCCUGACAACGAGUGCUGUGGCCGCUGCCUGCAGCGUUUCGGGCCGCCCCCCUGCCCGGACUACGAGUUCACGAAAAACUGCGGGCUCGAUGACUUCGGCAAUCACCUAACAUACCCCUUCAAAGAGUGUCCUCCUGGGCAGUGCAACCCCGAUGGCGCGGAGCUGUGUAAACCCUGCGGUGGCGGGGCUCCCGUAGCCCCAGCUCCCGCAAAGAGCAGCGGUGGAACCCAGAAGUCCUGUAGGCAGGUUCCUGCCAAGAUGCCCUGCCCCCUGUCAUACACAAAACCAAGCGUCCUUAGCUCCCAGGAGUCCAGCUCACCGGCGAUUUCUAGUCUGCCUUGGACUUCUGAGCACCGACACACCCCCGUAGGCGAUGUAUCUUUGCAAGCCUUGCCGAGUUUUGUCCUGCCUUUGGUGUUGGUCUUGGUGGUGACCUCCUCACUGAUCCUCCUGCUCACCGUUCAAAGGCACUGCUGGCGAUGCAAUGGAAAGUCCAUGCCCCUCCCCUAUCCAGGCUUGGUUGGCAGCAGCCGGGACACCCCCUUCCCGUUGCACUCCACCCAAGGAUCCCUGAAGGCAUCAAAAGUGGGGGAUGCACAGGACUCUCUGCUUCCCCACUUGGGAACUGAGCUGCAGACGCUGGCGUUGGAGCCUCUCUCUCACCUCCUGGAUGAGCUGGAGGUGCUGGAGGAGCUGAUCAUACUACUCGACCCGGAGGCUGGGCCAGGCGGAACCAUGGCCUGUGGCACGACCCGGCACCUGGCAGCACGAUAUGGGCUGCCGGCUGCCUGGUCUACCUUUGCCUACUCCUUGCGGCCCAGUCACUCACCACUUCGGGCCCUGCUGGAGGUGGUUGUAGCAAGGGAACCCACGGCUUGUCUGGGCCAGUUUGCCACACACCUGGCCCAGCUAGGACGGGGAGAUGCACUACAGGUGUUGUCUAAACUCAGGUGA